ACUCUACUUCGGUAUGCGUCACUGGCGCCUCUGGUUUUAUUGGGUCUCACAUAGUGGAGCAAUUGUUACAGAAAGGGUACACAGUGCACGCCACAGUCCGUGAUGCCAACGACUUGGAGAAAACACGGCAUUUGCGCAGGAUGGCGGAGGAAUAUAGCAGCGGUGAGCAGACAAGGACAACUAGGGCGACCAGUGGAAGCCAGACAGGGACAGCUAGGCCUCGUGGAGAAAGAUCAAAUUCAAAAUUGCGUUUGUUCUCAACUGGUGACAUUGCGAGAACCGCAGCAAGACGUGGGGGUGGUAGUAUUGUUGAGCAAAAUGAAGUCGGCGCUCAUCAUGGAGGUCAGAACGAACAUGAAGAGGAAAUAGGAAAAGCUGAACUUGAACAAUCUUAUUUAUCAACAACACUCUCCACGUCCACAUCAACCGCAUGUGGAGGCACAACGUCUGUUUUUGACGCGGCCUUGGAAGGUUGUAGUGCAGUGAUUCAUACGGCAACGCCUGUGAAGAUUUUUCCUCAAGAUGGGAAGCAGGAUAUUUACGAGCCUGGAUUAGCCGGUCUUCGCGAGAUUUUGGAC